GCAGCAUUGUCCCAGAAUGCAGUGUUGCGGAAAGAUCGUCCAAUGGCGUCCACUUGAUCGUGCCGCCCGGCUAUCGUUAUUAAAACCGUGUGCUUUCUAAAAGACCUGUUACCCAAAGGAUUAUAUAAAUUCCCUGAGACACACUUCGCCUUUUAAGGAUAAUGCUCUAGAGGUUUCACAUUGAUUCCAAGCAAGGAAAAUGGCUGAUGAAGAAGUGUUAUUCGAUGAUAUAUACGAGCUGCAGGAAGUCAUAGGAAAAGGGCCGUUCAGCGUGGUGAGGAGAUGCGUCCACAAGGAGUCCCAGCAGCAGUUCGCUGUAAAGAUCGUGGAUGUGUCCAAAUUUACAUGUAGCCCUGGACUCAGUACAGAUGACCUGAAGCGUGAAGCCACAAUCUGUCACCUGCUGAAGCACCCACACAUUGUAGAGCUACUGGAGACGUACAGCUCUGAUGGCAUGCUGUACAUGGUGUUUGAGUAUAUGGACGGCGCAGACCUGUGCUUUGAGAUUGUGAAGAGAGCUUCUGCGGGGUUUGUCUACAGUGAAGCUGUUGCCAGUCACUACCUCCGACAAAUUUUAGAGGCCUUACGUUACUGUCAUGAAAAUGACGUCAUCCAUCGCGACAUGAAACCCCAUUGUGUUCUAUUGGCUUCCAAGGAGAAUUCCGCUCCUGUAAAAAUUGGUGGAUUUGGUGUCGCAAUACAGCUUCCAGAGUCUGGAAAGAUAUCCGGAGGUCGUAUCGGCACCCCGCACUUCAUGUCCCCCGAGGUGGUGAAGAGGGAGCCUUAUGGGAAACCCGUGGACGCGUGGGGAGGCGGAAUUCUUAUGUAUAUUCUACUCAGUGGGUCACUGCCUUUCUACGGCACCAGGGAGCACCUGUUUGAGAAUAUUGUGAAUGGAAGGAUGCAUAUGAAACCUAAAAUCUGGCAGUUUAUUUCCGAGGACGCCAAGGAUUUAUUGUACAGACUUCUGGAGUUGGACCCAGAUCAUCGCUACACCAUAGAAGAGGCACUGAACCACCCCUGGAUAAAGGAAAGAGGGAAAGCGCCAAGACUGCAUUUAGCUGAAACAGUGGAGGAAAUGAAGAGAUUUAAUGCUAGGAGAAAACUUAAGGGCGCUGUCUUGGCUGCCGUGUCUAGCAGUAAAUGGGUCGACUUUUACAAUGACCCAAACCCUGCUGCCAACGGCAUGGACUAUAUGGAUGAGUAUACUUCAUCUGUUAAAAAUGCAGAGAACAUGGGAGCAGUGUCCCAGAUCCUGGACAGUCUAGAGGAGAUCCAGUGCCUGACAGACUGUCACCUCAAUGACACAGACUUCCUGGAGCGCAUUUUCCAAGAUCAGCAACUGCAUGCCCUGCUGGAGCUCUAUGACAGAAUUAACACACGGUCGCUCAGUCCCACGAGGCCUCCGCCAUCAGACUCGGUGGUUAGAGCCAGAGAGGUUCUGGAUGCUGUUCAAGAACACUCGCCGAUCACGGCCAAAGAGACGGAAGAACUUCGUCAGAUACUUACCAGUCCUAACUUUACUUAUUGCUGUGGGAAAGUGCAAGUUGGAUUCCUUCUUGAUAUUGAUAGUAUUGAACCAGUAAACCUCUUUAGUAGUGGAAAGUAUGUGUACCAUUGA